AUGUCUUAUGUGGUAACUGGUGCAACAGGCCAAGUGGGUUCUGCUGUUGUUGAUUAUCUUAUUUCACAAUCAGUUCCUGUUCGUGUUGUUAUUCGCUCUGAAAAUAAAGCAGAAUCUUUUCGAUCACGUAAUGUUGAAGUAACUAUUGCUGAUUUAACUGAUACUGAAGCAUUAACUAAGGCAUUUCAAGGAGCAAAAGCUGUUUUUGCUAUGAAUCCUCCUGCUUAUGAUAAACCGGAUAUGCAAAUUGUGGCAACUACCGUCGGUCAUGCUCUAGCUUCGGCUAUCAAAGCAUCUAAUGUGAAACGUGUUGUUGUUUUGAGUUCAGUUGGUGCCGAAAGAAGUUCAAAAACGGGAUGUAUUCUUACAACUCAUAUAUUAGAAGAAAAAUUAAAGGAAAGUGCUUCACAAGUAGUAAUGGUUCGAUGUGCAUGGUUUACUGAAAAUUGGUUAAGUGCUAUUUCUGCUGUAAAAUCAGGACAUUCACCUGUGAUUGGUUCAAUGUUACAAAAAUUGGAUCGAAAAAUUCCACAUAUUGCAACAAAUGAUAUUGGUCGUGUCGUUGCUGAAUAUAUGACCAAAUCAGAUGAUAAAAUCGAUAAAUUGGUUAUUAUUGAAUUAGAAGGACCUGAAUCAUAG